AUGCGGGAAAUCCAUGUCCUGAGUGUAGUACUUGGGCUUUUUCUUUCCUGUAUUCAAAGUGAUGCAGUCGUUUGGGAGGCGGAAAUGCCAAGCCUUCUCGAGGAUUGUUAUAAACAAUUGACUAUAAAUCUCACGGUUGCGGAUAUUCCAAGCCAUGCUGUGAUGAGCCAUUGUCUGGGCUCCUACAUCUGGCAAAAUCCUGAUCAUCGAUAUCAACUAAACUUGACCCAACAUCAAGUCAGUUAUGUUCGAUCUGUUUACCGAGAAUAUCAGCAAAGAAUCCACAACAGCAGACGACAUAAAAGACCAGCGAAGCGCGCCAUUCGACGAGAAAUACGAGUCCUGAGUGAUGAGCAGAGGCAAAGAUUUUUUUACGCUCUUAAUGUAAUGAAAGCGGAAGGGUGUUAUGACGCAUGGGCCAGCAUCCACAGUGGGUUGGUAAUUCAAUCAGCACACAGUGGUCCAAACUUUCUGGGAUUUCACAGGGUGUACCUGACUUUCCUCGAGUUGUCACUCCAAAGAGUUGAUAGCUCUGUCUCUCUGCCCUACUGGGACUCCACAAUGGACUAUGAUAUGGUUAACCCACGUGAAACGGCAUUGUUUACUUCACAAUUGCUAGGAAAUGGUAUCGGACAGGUCCGUAAUGGUCCCUUUGUAGGCUGGCGGGCGUCCGAUAAUAUGCUUCUCACUAGAAAUAUAGGUUCAGAAGCUUCUUUGAUAGCUAAAACUGCAAUAACCCGAUUUUUAGAGGGCACUGCCGCAACAAGCCAUCGGAAAAUUACUGUAGGAUUUGGACAUAAUUUGCUCAAUACUUUGGAGGGCCAGCACAAUAUCGUCCACGAGUGGGUGGGUGGUCAUAUGCUUCCUCCUGAUACAGCUGCUCACGAUCCAGUCUUUUUUCUGCAUCACAACUUUAUUGAUUAUAUCUGGGAGCGAUUUAGACAAAAAAUCAGACAACAAGGAACGGAUCCCACUACCGAUUACCCAUGGCCAUUGACUUGCUCAACUGGUGACCGAAAUCGAUUGCAUGAUCCUAGAAGGCCCAUGGACGUGUUUGAGAACUUUACGAAUAUUGAUGGCUACAGCGAUAUAUUUACUCAGGAGUUUUAUCAAUUCGAAGAUAUGCCAUCCUGUCCUUGUGGUAAUUCAAGAUUUUUAAAGUGUCAAUGUGGAGUGUGUGUUGCAGCUUCUGCAAGCGAUAUAGGAGAGGAGUCGUCAGCUCAAAUAAUGGGCAGAACAGCUUUCUUUGGAGGAGGGGCUGAUGAGCAACCAGUAAUGUAUUCACCUUCCCAAACAUCGAUGGUUGACCCUAAAACGGUAAAUGUUAAUAAAUAUAAAAUGAACAGUGCACCUCUGAAUGGAAGAGGGCCAGCUAGAUUCUCACCGUUACAAUCCUCAAUGAUUGAUCGAAGAGUGGGUAAUAUACGAAAUGGCGCUAUGCCGCCCAUAGGGGCUGCUGCUAGAUCCUUGCAAGGUAUGGUGGGCUUUAAUAUGGGUGUUAACAAUGGUCACUUUAAGGGUGGUUCUCCACUGGCAAACUUUAGAGGCUCUGCUGCUCCUGGGUUUGGUGGUAUCGGCGGUACCAAUGGAUUUCAAGGUUUGUCCGGAACAGGAGGUGCAAUUCAGCAUGUUUCAGCGGCACAAUCACAACUCCCAAUAUUUCCUCCCUCUCCUAUAAAUCCAAUCCGACACCUCUGGGAUCCAAGAAUUGGUCAUGUCGGCUCCCACAGAACAAGUGUAAUACAAUAUUUUCCAGGACACAAUAGCGCUUUGAGUCUUGACGAUAUUCGUCGACUGAUACACGUUACGGAUCUUCCAAUACAAAAUACUUUUUCAAUAAACCGUGUAUCUGACACUCGUCUUUGGGUGUUUAUGCCAAUUCGUAUCAUUUAUAUGAGGCCUCCUGGGUAUUUCUUUGGAUCAAGAAUCGUCCGCAAUUCCCGGAUUUUGCAAAACGUUGACAUGUACUCCCCCCAGAUGUAUUCCGAGUUCAACGAUAUUUCACCAAAAGUGGCUCCUGCUACCUACCCUAAUUGUUAUAAAAGCCUUGGAGGCUCGUCUAAAGUUUAUGUACAAUCAACGGGAGUCUCAUAUUGUGGAAAAUAUUUGGAAUAUGCAGUCGUAGAUGAGAGACAACCGGUCUCAGAAGCCAUUGCUUAUGUCGCUGUGAAAAAUCCCGACGAUGGAGCUACAAAGGCAUACAUAACUGCCUUCGAUUCCUGUGGACGAGUCUGUCAACCUAGAUGCUUGAUCCCUGGUUCGAGUCCUCCUAAUUACCAACCAUGCUCGGGUGUUAUCAAUCUUUCUAAUCGCUUGCCACGUAUGUAUGGGCGAACUUAUGGAGAGGUAGUCAGAAGUAGAUGGAACUUUAGCGAUAAAAAUUGUCCCUCAAGUUACAAUGGGGAAAUAUUUAUGACGUUUUACUGCGACUAUGAAAACGUUUGGCCAUGGAAAACCUGGAAUGGAGGAACACAAAAAGGACCUGUGUACUUCAGGAAAUAGUGCUCUUGACAGAAUUGAAUACUAAUACUUUAAUACAUACUCUUCAGAGACUGGAAAUUAAGAAUAAUAUUAAAUGGUAUUACUA